AUGCAGAACAAGAGAAAGGCGUUUGACAGGCUGUGUCCUAACAGGGUGCAGGAUCUAUCCAACCGGCUGAAUAAAAAGCAAGACAAGCCGGAGCGGAAGGUGUUGAAGCGGAUUUUUGCUGAGUCCUCUGGUCCUGUGACUAUCUAUGUAGAUGAGUCUCCCAGCGCAGUAGAUGCAGCGCUCUCCACCAUUGACUGGCAGGACCUGGCCGACUGUACAGCUGUCAUACAACAGGACGCCGCUGGGGGCGCGCUGGAGCAGCAGGGCCACUGCUUGCCAGAGACACCCGACUUUGACCUGCAGGAGUUCAGAGAUGCUGUGGACAACUUCAUUGCAGAUCAGUCCUCCCAUAUGCAGCCUGGACUGGGCACAGCCGACUUCAACCUGUCACCCUGCGAGGUGUCCGUGUUUGAUCAGUGCCUGGCACCCUCUAUUCACUCGCAGCCAUGCCAGCUCAUGCCCAUCAACGUGCAGCCCUUUCCCAUCACAGAGCAGUACUGGAGGGAUAUGGCGGACCACAACCAUAAAGCACUAGGGGACGCCUUGGUGCAGAACAAUCAGCUACAUGUGACACUGAAUGAGAAACAGGAGGAGAUCGAUACUCUCAAAGUUAAAAACGUUCAGCUGAAAGAACUAGCAGAUCAGGCGAAACACUUGGCAUCUGUAAUUGAUCAGCUAAUGAGUCACCGUUCUAGAGCCGCUUCCAAGCUCUCCUCUGAUGGCGUCCUGACAAGACCACCAGUUAAAAGAAAUCUGGAGGAGUUUUUCCAGCAGAACAACGAUCAGGAAUGCAAUCAGGUAGAUGAAAUAUUGCGGGAGAUCUCUAAGAAAUGCAACGCUGCCCUCAUGGGAUGUGACUACAUUGAAGCCAAGCGACCCAAGCUGCAGUCUGAUGACCCCAUGGACUGCCUGGAUGAGGCUACUUCUGGGAUAAAAAUGUGCGGAGCCUUUAAUGGUCUAAAGACAUCUACAGGUCACAGCUCACUGAACUUGUGCGACACUGACUUGGAAGGAGAUGUCUCCUUCAGGACCUCCAUCAAAGACCACUCUACUAUCCGGACCCUUGCCUUCGCCCAGGGAAAUGCCUUUACCAUCAGGACCAAUGGUGGGGGAUAUAAAUUUAGAUGGGUCCCAAACUGAGUUUAUAUGCAAUCAGCUAACUACACUUCCAGAAUUACAGAGAAUGCUUGCAGCUUGUGCUGCUAUAA